AACGAAAUGAAAAUGUGGCCGAACGCAGCAACCUCAAGAAUCCCAACCGCAUCUCGACACCAGAACCAGCCCUUCGCCUUUGAGCAACACGCAGGAUACCAAGACACCCCCAUCCCCUCCAUCACGAGCGCCCAGGCUUGCGCCCCAGCCACGGUAACCAUGAGCGCCCCGCUCGCGAGCAAGCAGGAGUCGCUGAAGAUCUUUGAGCAGCUCAAGAAGAAGAAGCCGAACAAGACAUGCUUUGACUGCGGCCAGAACAACCCGACCUGGACGUCGGUCCCGUUCGGCAUCUACCUGUGCCUCGACUGCUCCUCAAACCACCGCAACCUGGGCGUGCACAUCUCGUUUGUGCGCUCCACCAACCUUGACCAAUGGCAAUGGGACCAGCUCCGCGUCAUGAAGGUCGGCGGCAACGAGUCGGCCACCAAGUUCUUCCAACAAAACGGCGGCUCCGCAGCGCUGAACAGCAAAGACCCCAAGACGAAAUAUCACUCGCCUGUUGCCGCCAAGUACAAGGAGGAGCUUAAGAAGCGGGCAGCAAGGGAUGCCAAAGAAUAUCCGGAAGAGGUGGUCAUCACCGACGGCAUCGAGGUCGGCGACUCCAACACCCCCGCCGGCGAGCCCGAAGACGACUUCUUCUCCUCGUGGGAUAAGCCCGCUAUCAAGAAGCCGACACCGCCUGUCUCACGGACCGGAACGCCCCCGGUUGUCGGCCGCACGCCGUCCCCGUUCCUCAGCGCCGGAGGCGCCGGCAAGGACAUCGCGCGCUCGACGUCACCUCUGGCCAAAUCCGAGUCGGCUGACGGCGCCACGAAGCCGGCCCCUGCCAGCCGUAUCACGCACUCAUCGGCGCUCAAGAAGACAGGCGCGGGCGGCGCCAAGAAGGCCAACGUCCUGGGCGCAAAGAAGGUGACGAGCAAGCUCGGCGCCAAGAAGGUCACGGCCGACAUCAUCGACUUCGACGAGGCUGAGAAGAAAGCCAAAGAGGAGGCGGAGCGCAUCGAGAAGCUAGGAUACGACCCCAACGAGGACGACGACUCCUCUGCCGCGACCAAGAAGGGCACCAAGGCCGACUCGGGCGCCGGGGGCAUCCUGCAGCCAACGCCCGUGGCUCCUUCGCGCAGCGGCUACGGCUCGUCGGCCUCGCACAGCCGCGAGAAGUCGGCUUCGGAGAUGGAGAGGCUGGGAAUGGGUAUGGGCAGGCUUGGCUUCGGCCAGAUUGGCGGAAACAAGCCCGCGGCCCAGGCGAAGAGGGCUGGCACUGGUGGCUUUGGCUCAGUCGGCCCCAUCAAGGCGGCCCCGGAGGCCGACGAGGAGAAGUACGCGCGCAGCAAGUUCGGCGCGCAAAAGGCCAUCUCCUCGGACGAGUUCUUUGGCAAGGGAUCCUUUGACCCGAACGCGCAGGCCGAGGCUAAGACACGGUUGCAAGGAUUCGAGGGGGCCUCGGCCAUCUCGUCCAACGCCUACUUUGGCCGGGCCGAGGAGGAGGAGACGGGCGAGGAGUACGGCGACCUCGAGACGGCGGCCAAGGACUUUAUCCGUAAGUUCGGCAUUACGGCCGGCGACGACCUCGAGGCCCUCACGUCUAGCCUUGGUGAAGGUGCCUCUAAGCUACAGGGCGCUAUCCGCAGCUAUCUGGGAAGCUAGUGCCUUGCUGUGCCAUGAUUAGACGAGAAGCAAUGAAAUGAACAGGCGGCAGAAGCGUGGGCUUUUUUUGUAUUUUGUGAGAUGGUAGAUGCGCAUUCUCAUGGGGCCUGGGGGCGAAGGGAAAUUUGUCAUAUUUUUUAUGAUGGGUUUUGUUUUUAAUGAAGGACGAGGUGCAGGGCGAGCCGGACUAGACCCUCUCAGAUGAUAACACCGGCUGGUUGGUGCUGAUGUUGGCGUCUAUUUGAUGCUCAUUUCUGCUGCAUGUCUUGGUCUACCGUCUUGAUUUGUUUUCUCGUGGAUCCGGAGGAUUACAGUGCGCAGAUGUGUGUGUGUGUGUGUGUGUGUGUGUGGAUGGAGAACUAUGGAAAAAGUUGGACACAAGCUCGGCGUGUCUAGACGGAUAGAGAACAUGAUGCUACGUGCGCUUUUGAGUAUACGACCAAGUGAAGACGCUGGGAAAUAACAGAAACAAGUCGAUUUUAUCAAUUAUCCAAACACCAGAC